AUGUCGUCGAAGAAGAAGCAAAGCAUCAGUCGCAAAACCUCCACACCUAAACCUCGCGCAAGUCAUCUGCUUGCAAAAAAGCAGCAAAUCGCCAGCAACAAAGCUCCCUUUCCUCCUACUCGUGCGUCUAUCAAGUCGAAGAAAGUAAAGAGCCGUAAAACGGUGCUCAAGACCAUGCCCCUCGCUUUCUCCCGCUUCCCACCCGAAAUCCGAGAAAACAUCUUUUCGCGUUGCAUUGACACCGAUGCAGAGUAUCAACCGCGUCAUGCGGAUCUGAUACUUGAUCCACUGUAUGCCACGACUCACGGCAUAAUAACAGAUGAAGAGGACCUUCUGUCGCUGUCCACCAACGAAAACGACGCCCGACGAAGUCCCAAUCUCAUUAUUGCGCUUCGUGGCCACCCAACGUUCUACGCUGAAGCUAUACGCUGCUUUUACAGACUAAACACCUUCUUCAUCAGUCAGAAGUCUUUGAAGACCUGGAAGAGAAUGAAGGGGGUUCAGGAGAUUUUGGGCAUGAUGAGACACAUUGCUAUUGUUUCAGAACUGCACACGCAGGUCAAGUAUCGGAUCCUCCCAACUCUGUUCACAGCUUCCACCAACAACGUCCGGAGCAUAGACCUUAACGUCCACAGCCUCGACGGCUUCGUGAAUGUUUUAUCCACAGUGUUCACUGGAUUUCUGAGGCUCAAAUACAUCGGUGUUUGGAUCCGGAGCGUUCUUGCGGAUGUUGUAUAUGAUGGCCCGCAAAAGUACGAGAAGCUCCAUGCUGCUAUGACUGAGGUAAACAAGAAGCUGGGCAUCAAGAAGUGGAUGUCGCGUGUCAAUAUUGGAGAUUUUGAGCAUUGGUUCUGGGAGGACGAGAAGGGAAGGACUGUGGUUUAGCUUUUGGAAGAGGUUAGCAAGGCGGAUGAGAAUGGCAGCUCUGGCCCCAUUCUGGCGAAAUGAUCUUGAUGGCAAGUUGAGAGUAUUUAUUUUAACCUUGGGAAGAUCAUGGAGCAGCUCGUACAGACUUUAGGGUGUGGGUUGGGCUUCUGCUGGACACUCUGAGCAAUUAUGGUAAUGGGUUCAUUGCAAUCAAUGUCUUUGCAGCAAGAAGCGUUUCAGUAGCCGCCCUAAGUGAUGACCUUUCCAAAAGUAAUGUUGCCAAAAUGAAAUGCAGAAAUGACACAAGGACUAGACAUGAUAUCCUCUCAUGCUAUCUUCG